CCCUAACCCUAACCCUAACCCUAACCCUAACCCUAACCCUAACCCUAACCCUAACCCUAACCCUAACCCUAACCCUAACCCUAACCCUAACCCUAACCCUAACCCUAACCCUAACCCUAACCCUAACCCUAACCCUAACCCUAACCCUAACCCUAACCCUAACCCUAACCCUAACCCUAACCCUAACCCUAACCCUAACCCUAACCCUAACCCUAACCCUAACCCUAACCCUAACCCUAACCCUAACCCUAACCCUAACCCUAACCCUAACCCUAACCCUAACCCUAACCCUAACCCUAACCCUAACCCUAACCCUAACCCUAACCCUAACCCUAACCCUAACCCUAACCCUAACCCUAACCCUAACAUACCUUCCUCCUCUCAUCCUUACCCACUUUUCAUCAUCCUCAUCCUCACCCUUUCCCUCACCCUUUCCCUCAUCCUCAUCCUCAUCCUCAUCCUCAUCCUCAUCCUCAUCCUCAUCCUUAUCCUCAUCCUCAUCCUCAUCCUCAUCCUCAUCCUCAUUCUUCACCUUCAUCACUUCUCACCCUCUCUUCUAUUCAAUCUCCUCAUUCUUCAUAUUUUUCCUUUUUUUUUCACUUCCCUUACUUUCACCUACUUCUUUUCCUCUUAUUUUACCUUUUCCUUUUCUCCUUUUUCCCUCCUUAUUUCUUCUCCAUCCCUUCUUAUUCCAACCUUCAUCUCAUCUCAUCUCCUUAUUUUUUACCUUCAACCCCCAUCCUUUUCUCCUCUUUAUUCAUACCCAUACUUUCCUAUUUUCAUUUAAUUUUCUCACAUUUUUUCCUUCCCCCUCCCUUCAACUCUUCUCCCCUCAUCCAUUAACCUUCACUUCUCUUUUUUUUUCCUACUUAUCUUCCUUCCUAUACCUCUCCCACUUUCACUCACAUUCUUCUCUCCAAUCUCUCCUUCUUCCCGCCUCUCUUUUCCCACCUCUCUUUUCAUUAAUCCAAUUUUCAUCAAAUCAAACUCUUAUCCACACCAUUACAACACCACUUUACCCCCGCACCUUUUAUCUUCUUUCUCUUCCUCCUCCUCUACCUUCUCCUCACCUCCUUCACAUUCUCAAUACCUUCACCACCCCUAUUUUUCCAUCCUCCUUUUUUUCUCAAUACUCCCUCUCAACAAUUUUCAAUUCUUUUUCCAUACCUUUCCCCUACACUACAUUCCUCUUCCCAUUCCUUUUCCAAUUUUAUUCUCAUGAUCGGUUAGCCUCCGAUCGUGUCGCUGUUAGCGGUUGCGCCGAGCCCACAUGA